CCUUUCUCAGGGCUCCCAAGGGCUGUCUCCUCCCCGUCGGCUUCCUCCGCUACCGCGGGGCGGGCCGGAACUUUUAUGCAUAGGAACUGAUUUACACAGUAGAGUGUUGCCGGCCGGCGUCAAGGAGAAUAGGGUGCCCUCCUCUUCCUCUCACCGUCGCCGCCGCGGAGCGGAGCCGUGCAGAUCAGAUCGAGGAGCGCGGUUACCGGGAGGGCUGGGUCUAUGGUCGCUCCGCGGGCCGCUCCGCCGGCUGGUGCUUUUUUAUCAGGGCAAGCUGUGUUCCAUGGCAGGGAACUUUUGGCAGAGCUCCCACUAUUUGCAGUGGAUUUUGGAUAAACAAGAUCUGUUGAAGGAACGCCAGAAGGACUUAAAGUUUCUCUCAGAAGAAGAGUAUUGGAAAUUACAGAUAUUUUUUACAAAUGUUAUCCAAGCAUUAGGUGAACAUCUUAAAUUAAGACAACAAGUUAUUGCCACUGCUACGGUCUAUUUCAAGAGAUUCUAUGCCAGGUAUUCUCUGAAGAGUAUAGAUCCUGUAUUAAUGGCUCCUACAUGUGUGUUUUUGGCAUCCAAAGUAGAGGAAUUUGGAGUAGUCUCAAAUACAAGAUUGAUUUCUGCUGCUACUUCUGUAUUGAAAACUAGAUUUUCAUAUGCCUUUCCAAAGGAAUUUCCUUAUAGGAUGAACCAUAUAUUAGAAUGUGAAUUCUAUCUUUUAGAAUUAAUGGAUUGUUGCUUGAUAGUGUAUCAUCCUUAUAGACCUUUGCUCCAGUAUGUGCAGGACAUGGGCCAAGAAGACAUGUUGCUUCCCCUUGCAUGGAGGAUAGUGAAUGAUACCUACAGAACGGAUCUUUGCCUACUGUAUCCUCCUUUCAUGAUAGCUUUAGCUUGCCUGCAUGUAGCCUGUGUUGUACAACAGAAAGAUGCCAGACAGUGGUUUGCUGAGCUUUCUGUGGAUAUGGAGAAGAUUUUGGAAAUAAUCAGGGUUAUUUUAAAACUGUAUGAGCAGUGGAAGAAUUUUGAUGAGAGAAAAGAGAUGGCAACUAUUCUUAGUAAGAUGCCGAAACCAAAACCUCCUCCAAACAGAAAUUCCCUGAGUGAUUCUUCACUAGUGGCAGGGCCUGAAGCUGCAAGAUGAUGAUGGACAAGAUAAGGCAAUAAUCCUAUUGCCACAGUUACUGUGAAGGAGAGCAGGGUCCAAAUGGAAGUCAGAACUCUAGCUACAGCCAAUCUUAAAACAUUCCGAAGAAUUCUGUAGUGGACCAGUUGGAAAUAAACCAUUGGACAGAUUUCAAUAAUGUCUUCAAUGGAACACAAAUGAAAAUGAAUAGCUUGUUUCUGUCAAGCAUGUUGGGAAGUGAUUUUAUUUUUGCAAAAUAAGUUUUUCCUUACCGAAUUUGAUUCUAGUACAUGAUUGAUUAAAAUCUAUUGUUUAUGAAAGUUUGGAAAGGUUCUUAGGGGACCUACAGACAGACAUACAUAGACAUUUGAAAGUUAAUAGCUUUUGAUUAGUAUAAUUUUUCUUAAUUUGGAUAAUAGAAAUUGUUGCUUUUUAUUAAGCCAGGAAAGAUGAAGCAUAAUUUGUUUAAAAUUCUCUUUGGUCAUUGAGCGACCAAAAAAGGAAAUAAAAAGUCAAAUAUAUGAGGGUUUUUUUUUCCCUCCUUAAGUUAAACUUUAAAACUGUAUUUAAGGAAUCAAAUCUUACAAAAUCCUGGAAGGUUUUGGUAAUGAUGAUGAUAAUUUCAGGGAAAUUAAUCAAGUACCUAUUGAUUUUAAAGCGUAUUUUAUUCAGUAGUUUUGGUAUCUUGCCAUGGAGGAUACUAGCCCAGCCUAGCAGAAAAGUGCAAUAUGUAUAGCAUAUUUUGACAUUUUAAAAGUUAUAUUCCAUAACCAUUUUGAAAUGCUGGGCAAACAUAAAAAAAAAAUCCUAUACAAAGUUAUUUGCAUUUAAUUCAGUUAAUCAGGCAUUUUGAAAGCUAAUUGGAUAAAACACCGUAAUAGUGAAAUUUGGUAACAUUUUAAUGUUAUUUUUACUCUACUGUGAAAAGUUUUUUAUAUGACAUACACACCCUAGUUUAUUUUUGUGUCUUAGUGUGGACUUACAAAUUUACUACAGGUAUCCUGAGCCAGGAACACAAUCAGGUUGCAGGCCAGUUUGAUACUGGCUAUUCUUAAUUCUCAUAUGAGUGUAGGACUUCAGACUAAAUGUUAUGUCAGUGGGACUGUGCUGUCUGUGGAAGUUAAUAAAUUACGUGAUCAUUUUCUUCAGACUUGAAGGAGAGUGAUAAAUAAGAUUUGGAAUCAUAGGAUAUUGAUGUACAAUUUAAGGAUUAAAAUUUUUUAUAAAUCAAUUGUGAACAAUGGAUUAUUAAAUGUUGACUUCCUAGUAUAAAACUGCAAGAAUAAAAGUAAAUUCUC